AUCCCACAACCAACAGGCAGUCUCCUCAAGUAUUCGUGAAACCUAACCGUGACGCCAUGUCAGACCCUCCAAUAUCUCCAUUACAACCGAACUCCCCGACCCCUCAAUCCCCAGAGUCAGAUAUCCCCGUUAAAAAGCGUAAAAAUACAUCGGUGAAGGUGCACGAAAAACUAAAAGCCCUCCAGAAAGUAAAACAGGGUUGUCCUCGUCACAAUGUUGCCAAGGAAUUUGGUGUCCACUCGUCUACCGUCGACGGUUGGAUAAAAAACGAAAAGGCCCUCCAAAAAUGGGCGACAGAGCACAAUGGAGUGAUACCAGCUGCCAAGAAGAGGCUGAGAAAGCCAGUCCACGAGUUAAUAGACAAAGCAAUGUGGUUGUGGCACAGGGAAAGAAAUGCAGCUGGAUGUACCUUCACUGGUACCAGUGCCAAAAUACAGGCUCUUGUCUUUCGCAAUAAAAUGGCAAUUGCUCAGACAUUCACAGCAAGUCAAGGAUGGUUAACAAAAUGGCAGAGACGUUAUGGCGUGAAGUUUACCACACAAAAUUCAUCUACAAGUGCUGAUACAUUGAGCCCUCAGCAAACACACGAGGAGGAGAAGAUUGGGAACAAUUUCCGAGGCAAGUUGACCACCAUAAUUGAGACAGAGGGAUUGACGUCCGACCAGAUCUUCUUCUGCGAUCUCAUUGGCCUCAACUAUCGACAGCUGCCAGAUCUCGUCAUGAAUGUGAAAUGGGCACCCGAGGGCCAGCCCCUGAAGCAAGUGAAAGAGAGAAUAACAUUGUUGGCGUGCAGCAAUGUCUCUGGUAGUUGUAAAAUUCCUCUAGUGCUUGUGGGAAAAUUUCCAAAACCCAGGGCCAUUAAAAAUCUCACACAACUCCCAAUCUCCUACAGAAAUCAGAUGAGUUCCUACAUGACUGGUAGAAUAUUUAUGGACUGGUUCCAUGAUGAAUUCUGUCCGACUGUCAAGGAAAUGUUAAUCUGCAGAGGCAUACCUCCCAGGGCUAUUUUAUUCAUGGAAAAUUGUCUGUCAUUACCACCUGAAAUGAAGAGCCAGGACAUCAGGGUGGAAUUUUUACCCCAUAAUGCUACCAUUUUGUUACAACCUUUUGAUAAGACUUGGCUGAGAAAUCUCAAGGUUUCGUAUCGACAACAGCUCAUCAAAUAUAUUAUGAAUAAUCUGAGUGUUGGGGUGUCAUUGGAUGAAGCCAUGAAGAAUCUUACUAUUAGGGAGGUUAUAUUCUGGCUUGCUAAUAGCUGGAAUAAAUUAUCGGAUGAUGUAAUUCUCAAGUCUUGGAAACCGCUCUGGCCCCAGAUCCCGGACGUCAUUUCUCCCCCUCAAAAUCCAGUGAAACUCGAGGAAAAUUCUCCCGAAUUUCAGAUAAAACUGGAAGGGAUCGGGACAUCAGAUAUUUCGGAUGAUCCAUUCCAGCAGAAGGAAAUAUCCCUUAUACGAGAAUUUUGCGAUGCACUGAACCGAACUAACGAUUAUCGCAGUGUCAAUUUCAUCGAUAUUGAGAAGUGGCUGUAUCCGAUAACAAAACUCACCGAGGACGAGUGCCUAGAUGAGGAUGAAAUUGUUCAGAUCAUCAUGGAGGAGAAUGAGGCCCAUCAGCAGAUUGAGAAUACCCCUGACCCACCCCCUGAGACACCAAAACCAAUUCUCGCAGAGGCACUCGCCAGUCUCAACAACGUCAUUAAUUAUUGCUCUACAAAUCCUCAUUAUUCGAAAGAGCACCGACUGGCCUUAAUCGCUAUUCGCGAGGGCAUAAUUUCAGAAAAGAAAAUGCAAUCUUCUAGAAAGGAAGUUGUACCUGAGGAAAUUUAUGAACAUCCACCAUUCGAUUUUGUUGCUAUUGAAGAGGACGAUGACUGUCAAUUCAGCAUGUGUGAGAAAUAAACAUCUCAUUACUAUUAAUUAUGAAUAAUAGUUCUUUCUCGGGCUCGGUGAAAAAGUCAUUGAAGUCUACGUGUGCGUAAAAUUUCAAUUUUUCACAUGUUAGAAUGAAGAAAAAAUAUUUGAUGUGGACAAUGUAAUUUUCUAAGAUUUUUGAGACACCAAAAUUGAAAAUUUUUAUUAAUGAGAUUUAUGGAAAUAUUUGUUGAGCUGAAGACUUGAGAUAAGAUAAAGAGCUUAUCUCAGAUGACUGUAAAUAGUAUUAUUAAUUAGUUUGUAAAAUUAUGGACAUAUUCCUGUCAUUAAAUCUAUGGUUUUCUACGGUUUUAUGAAAAAUCAAAGUACUCACCCUGGUAUCCCUGGAAUGUCUAUCAGGCACGAUAACGACCCAUUGGGACAGUAAAGUUGUCACAGCAAGAUGGCUAUCCCGAAUCUUUGGUGUCCAAUCUCCCAUAUUCCCCGGAUCAACUUGUUGAUUGUCACCGAAGUAUAUCUUCUCAGUCGGCAGCAAUCUACCAGGAACUUUGACAAGAUCCCGCUCCAGAGACAAAUUCCAAUCUCUGAAUUCUUUCUGCACAAGUGGCUCAGAGUGCAAUCUCCUGUUGAACGCCAACAGUUUUUCGAUUCUCUUGUCAGGUGUCACCCUGGUGUGCUGAUUGAGAGCGUUCAUUAACUGAAAGUUAGUCCUCAUUGCGUCAGUGAGUCCUGUUGCUUUGCAUAGCUCAGGAACCAGAUAAACCAUCUCAGCCUGUCCAGCACGACGAUCACGACCUGAAGAGCGUGUCACCAGCAACGGUUGUGUCUCAUUACGAAUGGGAAUAUUAUACUUAACACCAUAAUAAUCCUUGUAACUGACAUCUCUGUCCUCCUUCCUCAGGUGAAAAGUUGAUCUGGGGUUGACACUAAAGUCCACGUCAUCAAUUCGAUACGUGUUAUUAUUGUAAUCAGUAAGAACCGUGAGCCCCACGACUUCAGCUUUGUAAGCAUUUUGAAAGUUUCCACCGGCUCUCUGCUGCACCGACACCAGAAUGUCGUAUAGCGUCUCGUGUCUCAUGACCUUGUGAUUUAUUUCUGCGCACAUAAGGACAUCGUGCUCAUGUUGGCGAAUUGAAGUGAUGUAUCCAGGCCACACUGCGAAUUUAAAGUCCCUGACAACCACACUGGCAUGUGGAUCGAAAUAAUUCCUCCCCACCAGCUGCAGCUGGAGGUGCUCCAGGGACUUUCUCGUUAGAAUAUUGUAGAAUUGGAGAUAGUGGGGAUCCCCCUUCACCAUGUCACCCACCAGUCUAAUCGUAAUUCGGAUUUUUUCACCGUCCCCUUUACGCUCACUAAACAACUCCAGUGGUGGAUCAUUCGGAGCCAUCAACCUGUUGGCAUUAUACAUAACAGUUCCGUCGAAAAUAUAACAGCCAAGUCUUUCUCUGUGGAGACGAAGGAGACCUUUUUUGACAACCGUGCGCUCCUCCUCGGGGGCGAAAUCCACUCGAUACUGGUACAGACACCAAUCAGCCUUUGAGUUUAUCUUGAAGUAGUUGGCUGUGAGCUGAAGAGAUACACCUGUGACACCUCUCUUGUUAGUUACUCCCUCGGGUCGAGUCAUCAGGAUCUCAGAGUUAAUCGCAGAUCUGCCUCGCAUGGCGCCUCUUCCUAGGCCACCACCAGCGUCACCACCAGGUCCCACCUGCUCGAGGGGCGGAAGAGCUGAAUGCCCUUCACCGUGGGAUGGACCUGCUUGUGGGGGGGCUGGUGCUCUCACAGAACGUCCAACCGUCUGGAAGAUUUUUAUUGACGAGGAAUUUGGAAGAAGAUAGUGAGGGUGAACUUGAUGAUUCAUUUUAUUCGAGGGAAAGGAUUAAUUUUUUUAGUUAGAGUGAAGGGGUAAAAUUAAAUAAGUUAAUUGUUUGAUUAAUUCAUUACUAUUGGAUUGAAAAGUAUAGACCCCUGAGGCCCCAUUCUCGAGGCGACUCUCGCCAUAAAUACGAACCCAAUUUAUUUUAUUUCUAGUUGUAAUGGUUAUUUGGUGCGUUUAAAAUACAUUUGUGAAUUAAAAGAAUAAUAAUAAUAAUAAUAAUAAUAAUAAUAAUAUUGAAAGGUAAUGAAUAUCGUAGAGCUACAAAAGCCUGAUGUGUCAGGAGUCUAUAGUUUUUAUCUCGAUAGUAAUAACGUCUUCAGAGGAUUUCUUGUUAAAAUACAAAUUACUGGGAAAUUGA